UAAAAACUCAUAUUUGCGUAUCUUAGGUCCGUACAAGCUUAAGAGGUCUCUCCAUGGCAAUCUCACUUGCUCAUUCCACUUUCUGCAAGUCAUCAUUAUUGUUUCAUAGAGCUUGUGUCAGAAGCUACAUCCUUACGCCUUUAGCUUCUGCCUCCACUUCAUCUUCUGCUCACUCUGCAAUUAAGCCCCAGCAUCAGAAAUGGAGACAACCUGUUGCAUCUGUAGUAGAGAUUGGCGGAGUCAAGAUUGUGAAAGAUGAUGUGGUGAGGGAUGAUCCCACAAACAACGUUCCAGAUACAAUAUUUUCUAAACUGGGUAUGCAACUUCAUAGGAGGAAUCACCACCCAAUUGGUAUUCUGAAGAACGCCAUUUACAAUUAUUUUGACAUCAAUUACUCGGGAAAGUUUGAAAAAUUUGAUGAUCUCUGCCCUAUUGUUUCUGCAAAACAGAACUUUGAUGAUGUCUUGGUUCCUGAUGAUCAUGUGAGCAGGAGCUACAAUGAUACAUACUAUAUUGAUCCUGAGACUGUCUUGAGGUGUCACACGAGUGCUCAUCAGGCAGAUAUAUUGACAGAAGGAAACACUCAUUUCCUUGUAACUGGAGAUGUUUAUAGAAGGGAUUCUAUUGACUCAACUCAUUAUCCCGUAUUCCAUCAGAUGGAAGGUGUUCGUGUAUUUUCCCCUCAUGAAUGGGAGGCUUCUGGCAUGGAUGCCACAUCUUACGCUGCUGCGGAUCUAAAGAAAUGCCUUGAGGGUUUGGCAAAACAUUUAUUUGGGGCUGUAGAAAUGCGCUGGGUUGAUUCUUAUUUUCCAUUCACUAAUCCAUCCUUUGAACUAGAAAUAAAUUUUCAGGAGAAAUGGCUGGAGGUUCUGGGUUGUGGGGUGAUGGAGCAGGAGAUAUUAAAGAGAAGUGGUAAAAUUAAUAAUGUUGCUUGGGCUUUUGGACUUGGGUUGGAGCGGCUUGCAAUGGUUUUAUUUGAGAUACCGGACAUUCGGCUUUUCUGGUUGACCGAUGAGCGGUUUACCUCCCAAUUUUCUGAAGGUCAGCUCGGGGUCAAGUUCAAGCCAUUUUCCAAGUUUCCUCCUUGUUACAAAGACUUGAGUUUCUGGAUCAAUGACUCCUUCACUGAGAACAAUUUGUGUGAAGUUGUCAGAGGAGUUGCUGGGGAUCUUGUGGAGGAGGUGAAAUUGAUUGACAAUUUUACCAACAAGAAAGGAAUGACAAGUCAUUGCUAUAGGAUAGCAUAUCGGUCAAUGGAACGCUCACUUACAGAUGAGGAGAUUAAUCAGUUGCAGUGGAAUGUAAGAGAAUUGGUGCAGAGCAAGUUGGCUGUUGUUCUGAGAUAGAUUU